UGACGCACGUGGUGCGUGUGGAAAGUGCGGAAUGUAAAGCGGAUGGUUUUUACCUACAUCGGUGCGAUUGCGCGAGCGGCGGGAAAAAGGAAAAAAAAACGGGAGAGAAAACAGAACGCUGGAGGGAUAGAGGGAGUGAGUCUGAGAGACAGAGAGGAGCGGGAGGAAGCGCUGCCGGUACUUCAUAAACAGAAAUGGUGUAGAAAGAUUGUGACUUUACUUGAAAAUGAAACCUCGCACUAAUACUGUAGAUAGCAAAUUACUGCCAAGUCGAUUAACAACAGUACAUGGAAAAUCUGGAAGAGGUAAAGGACCACUGAAGACGUUACAGAGAGGAGCUAAUAAAGCAGCAGAUAUCAAAUUAAAGCCGUUUACUGGAAAAGUCUUUUACCUUGACCUGCCUUCCAAUAAACAUGCUGAAAGCUUGGAGAAGGACUUACAAAAUCUAGGAGGAACAAUUGAAAAGUUUCUCAGCAAAGAUAUUAAUUACAUCAUUUCUAAUAGAAGUGAGGCCAAAUUUGUCCAGACUACAGGGAAAAACUCCCCUGUACCAAGCCCAGAUUCUGUUCAGAAUCCUGGGAACACAUCUCCCCAUCUGAGCAGUCGAAGAGAAAGCCAUGAAGGAAGCCCACAUAGAGCUUUGGAGAUGAUAAGCAGAGGAAAAAGUUUCGUCAAAAAGGUUAUUAAGGAACAGGAAUUUGUCCCUGGAAAUAACAUCCUCUCCAACGCUGUGGCUUGGGGAGUACGGAUACUUUACAUAGAUGAUGUGAAAGCUUAUAUUGCAAGACGGAAGGAGGCAUUUGUAACCACAAAAUCUGUUGUUGCUGUCAAAGGGGAGAAAUGCAAUCGAACUGGCCAAUCUAAUAGUCAUAGAGCAAAGGCAGGAAAACUGAAAAAACCUUUCAUCAAAGUUGAAGCAAUAAACCGCCAUUACAGACCAUUGUAUAUACAGUUGGAUUGCUACCCAGAGAUCAACUACCAUGGCCCAAAUCCUUGGAGUCCUUUUGAUAUUGACAAGAAAAGCAAAGCCAAUGAUAAGCAAUAUAAAGGAAAGGCGAGUUAUUUUUAUUUGUUUGGAAGCAAAAGUAAAGGCCACAAAAUGGCGUUCAGUGAAAAAAACGGCAAAAUGGAUACAAAAAUCAUGGAAACUUUGAAAGAGAAGAAAAAGAAGGGUUACUGUGAAUGCUGCAUGAUGAAGUAUGAAGAUUUAAAAAUUCAUCUGAAAAGUGAACAUCAUAAGAAGUUUUCGGAGAGCACAGAAUUUAAUGUUGUGGAUAAAAUAAUUUCCCAGUUUGAUUAUGACUUUGUUGAAUUGCAGAGAGAUAAGAUGAAAAGGACAAAGUGCAGUAUUGGUGUAAACACCCAUGAAUUUACCAAAAUAAGUAUUGCAGGAAUACAUGAAGAAUUUCGAAGACCACCUAAAGAGCACGUGGAAGGAAACAGAUCUGCAGUAAUGUGGAGCAUAAAGAAUAAUGAACGUGUCAGUGGAUGGGAAAAUAAACCAAGUAGUUUGUCUUUUCAAGGAAAAGAAAUUGUAUCUUCAGGCACCCUGAACUCACCUAGCCAGAUGUUGCCUUUGUCUACACCAAGUCAUGUUAGCAUUUCUGAAAUGCUACUUUUAUCCACUUUUGUUAAUAACAAGUCCUGUGGAGAAGGCGUAAUUAAUUUUGGAAAUCCAAAAAAAGACACAACUCUGCAUAGUUUAUCUUUGUGCCAAGGAGAGGAACGUACAUCCAUAAUUUCAAAGGUCUGUACAUCAGAACAGUUGCAUCAUAUUGGAAGAUUACCAGUUGAAAGAUCUCAUUCUUUUGCUGAAGAAUCAUCACGUAAGCAUCUAUUUGAUGAGGACAUGUGUGGAAGUAGGCCACAGCCAGAUACUACUGUAUGUUCUGACAGUGACGAAAGCAAAACUAGGCUAUGUACGUUUCCAAAGAAUAAUUUACAACAGAAGCGCAAAGAACAGGAAAAUACAAUCCUUCACGUUCCCAAACAUUCUAGGGUAACUGAUCAUAGUGCACCUGAUACUGCAGCAGCUGCUCUUGAAAAUCCAUGCAGCCCUUUACAGACGCAAAUGUUUUUUGGCAAAAGCAAGAGUGAAGAAUUGAUGCCUGAAAGAAUAACACCCUCGUUUAAUAUCACUGCACACAAAAACACUGAAUUGAGUCCAAUUCCUCAAACUGUAUUUACUUCUUCACCCUGUAUGAAACUGCACAGGAAAGUGAGAUUUUCUGCUGUAUAUGGAAGAAAUAAAAAGAAGGCUCAGGAUCACAGGAUGGAAAUAAGUAUGCUCACAAAGGAAAGAUGUUUGACAGGAGAAAGUGAGGCUCCCAGCUUGCCGUUGAAAAAUUUGUUGGAGUUAUUUCAAACUAGUGAAGAUAGUGGUUCAGAGUUUUCCGGUUUUACAGAUCUAUCUUCACAGAAAAUGUCAGAGAUGUGGGAUAAUGAUCAGCCAGAGAAUAUCCUGUCACUGUUUGCUCAAACAUCAUCAUUGUCAUCAUUCCUUGGUUUCUAGUGUAAUGCUUAAUUGACAAUAUUUGUUUAAAGAACAUGACAUGAAAGGACUGGAAUUUUAUUUCUGUUUCUGUUUCACCAUAGGCCCAGUCUGGUUACAGUUUUUUUUCAAAUUGAUCACUUUAAUGUGACUAUUAGGUUUGAGAAUGAAAAUUAAAUGCUGUCUAACCACUGCUUUAAGAACAUUGUAUGGUGGUGUUCUUUGAGGGAGAGCUGAGAGGCAUAGUUGGAGUGGAGCCACCUUUACUCUGUAUCUGACCUCGGAAUAUUAAUGGUGACACUGGAUCCUUAAAAUGGGGAUUGAUCCUUUUCCCAGUGCUAAUAUCCCUCAUUUGUGAGCACUUAAAUAAGAAAAUAACUACCAUCUAAUCCUUUAAAAGAGAAGCGCUGCACAAAAUAGCAUGAAAAGGACAAUGAUCAAUCAUAACUUACAUUUAUAUGCCACCUCUUAACAUAAUAAAAUGUGCCAAGGAGCAUUAUUAGACAAAAUUUGAAGCUGAGCCUCAAAAGGGGAUAUUAGGAUGGGUGACCACAGGGGCUUCUUAGAAAGCAGGGAGAUGGAGGAUUUUAGGGAGGAAAUUUCAGAGUUUAGGGCCUAGACAGCAAUAUGUAAGCACUGAGCUCCAGAGGCUAGAAGAUCCCCAGUUUGGUUCCCAUUCUGAAUUACCAAAUCUCACCUCAGGUAUUAACUGGGCCUCUGCCAGGGGAAGGAGAACAAAAUCUGCCAGAGUCCCUCCUGGUUACUGUAUAGGUAACUUACUGAUAAAUGUGUGUGAACUGUUUUCUCAUUUGGCAGUGCAGCCCUACACAGUUCAGUAGCCUGCUAAUACUCAGUUUAAAUGCAUGUAAAAUUAACUGAGCCACCAGAGCUCAUGGAACUGUAUCCCAUCAAGAGUAAAGUGAGAAACUGAGUAAAAGGAGAGGAAAACAAGACAAAAGGAUGAGAUUGUAGCAGAUUAGAAAUAACUUUUAAUGCUCUAACCUCAGGCUUUAAGUGUAUUAGUUUAAAUAAACUGAAGUUUCCCUUACA